CGGCGGCGGCGUGAAGUCCGGUGCCUGCUGUCGGGACUAGAGUGCUAGAAUUUCGUUGCUCUUGCUGACUAGAUGCAAGGAAACACCAGAAAAGGAUACCAUGGGACAAACGGCGAAUGAAGAGUCGAUGGCUGUCAAGAAGGUUGAUGAAGAGAAACCCUCUGAUUCAAGCAGAUCAUCUGUGCAAAGUGAUUAUUUUAAUUGGGAUGAAUAUUUGAAAGAAACUGGAUCCAUAAGUGCUCCUUCAGAAUGCUUCAGACAGUCUGAGAUUCCACCAACUAAUGACUUCAAAAUUGGCAUGAAAUUGGAAGCCCGUGACCCUCGGAAUAUGACUUCAAUAUGUGUCGCCACCGUCAUUGAAUGUAUUGGGGCCAGAGUACAUUUACGGCUGGAUGGUAGUGAUGAUAAGAAUGACUUUUGGAGACUUGUUGAUUCCUCAGACAUUCAACCCGUUGGAACAUGUGAAAGGAAAGGACAGUUUCUUCAGCCUCCAUUAGGAUACCAGAUGAGUGUGUCAUCUUGGCCUAUGUUUCUCCUGAAGACAUUAAAUGAAGCUGAGAUGGCAUCUGCUACAUUAUUCAAGAUGGAACCACCAAAGCCACCCCUAAAUAAUUUUAAAGUGGGGAUGAAACUGGAGGCGGUUGACAGAAAGAAUCCUUUCUUUAUCUGCCCGGCAACCAUUGGAGAUGUUAAAGGAGAUAAAGUCUAUGUUCAGUUUGAUGGUUGGAGUGGAACAUUUGAUUAUUGGUGCAAGUAUGACUCCAGAGAUCUCUUCCCAGUUGGGUGGUGUUGCCUGACAGGAGAUGUAUUACAGCCAAUUGGAAAAAAGGCUAAAAAAAAAACACCCAAGAGCAGAGGAGUGACCAGACCUCUGAAAGAUGAAGAAGAAGCCAUAGUUCCUGAUACAAAGGCUGUAGCUGAAGCACAAUCUUCUGCUUCUGGAGAGACCCAGCGGCUGGUGCAAACUCCGAAGAAAACCAUGGCAACACCAGCAACAGGGUCAACAAGGAAAUCUGGUAGAAUUAAAAAACCUAAAUCUAUUCCAGUUCCUAAGAAGGGGAGCUCUGUUAAAACUACCACUUCAAAGAAAACCAAGGAAAAAUUUAUUCCUGUAUUAUGUUCCACAUCUUCAGCUUCUCUGCGUUCUCUGACCAGAGGCCGUGGCAGUUCUAAGGAUGCUAGUUCUGGACCAUCUAAAAUAGUGAUGUCUACAGUCUGUGUCUAUAUAAACAAACAUGGAAACACUGGCCCUCACCUGGAUCCAAAGAAAAUCCAGAAUCUUCCUGAUCACUUUGGCCCAGGCCCUGUGAAUGUGAUACUUCGUAGGACUGUGCAGUCCUUCGUGGAUUGUGCCUUUGAGGCAAAGACUGUUUUUGGAUUUCUCAAGCCAGAUAAUCGUGGAGGAGAAGUGAUAACUGCCUCCUUUGAUGGAGAAAAUCAUGCCAUCCAGCUCCCUCCAGUAAAUAGUGCAUCAUUUGCUCUUCGCUUUCUUGAGACUUUGUGUCACAGCCUGGAGUGUGAUAACCUUUUGAGUAGCCAGCCUUUUAGCUCUUUUAAGGGUAAUAUUCAUAGCCCUAUAAAGCAAGAUAAACCAGUGACCGAGGAACCAAGUGAAACUCAGAGAAUGAAACGACCUCAGGAACCAAUACAUUUUGAAGCUGCCCCUCAUAAGCUGCCCAAAUUAAUGAUACAUCCCUCUAAAGAAAAAUUGUUGCUUGAAGGACCUGAUAUGCUCCUAGAGGAAAAAACUCUUGAAGAUCCCAAGAAUCCACCACUAAGUGUAGGAGAUUGUUUGAGUUCUGUCUGUGAAAUUCUGCCAGCUACCUCAAGUUUACCUUCAGAGGAGAAGAAAUCACCUACCAAGAGCAGUUACUUUGACUCUCCAUUUCAAAUGCAGAGCAAAAGUGAAGAUCCAAGUUAUAUAGCUGUACCUGACCCCAGUGUCCUGAAACAAGGCUUCUCUAAGGACCCUUCAACCUGGUCUGUGGAUGAAGUGAUACGGUUUAUGAAACAUACAGAUCCUCACAUAUCAGGCCCCCUCGCCGACCUCUUCAGGCAACAUGAAAUUGAUGGCGAUGCUCUGCUUCUACUGAAGAGUGAUAUGAUGAUGAAAUAUAUGGGGUUGAAGCUGGGACCAGCAUUAAAACUAUGUUACUACAUUGAAAAACUUAAAGAAGGAAAAUACAACUGAAAAACGCACAAAUUUAGUUUAAACAUAAUUCUCAGGUGUUCUGAAAACAUUUUAAUUUAGAAACAUUUGUCUUCUCUUAGAAGAUUUUAUUUCAUGGAAUAUUACUAUAAAAUGUAUUAUCAGAUUUUUAGAACUACAUUUUACGUGUUUAUAAAAUGUUUAAGAGCUUUGGGAGGUUACUCAACCGAUACAAUGACUUCCUAAGAAUUACAAGGCACAUAGUUGAAACUCGAAUACUUUUAAAAAAUAAAUACAAUAAAAACCAUUUAACAUGUUAGCACUACAAUACUUAAAUUGGCAAUGCAUUUGUCUUUUUACUAUUUUUAUGGUAUAGUUUACAAAUAUACUUACAUGUAGUAAACAGAAUAAAAGUCUUUGAUUCUAGUUAAUCUUUAAAGCCAAAACAGCUAAAUCCCAAAGGGGAAAAAAGCUUUUAUGAAUAAUCUGUAAGAGUUUUUAUCAGAAGAGAAUGUAAAGAUGCACCUAUUAGCUCUAAAAUAUUUUUAUUUUACAGUGUUCCGCUAGUUUCCUGAAAGAGAUAGCCAUCUGCAUUAGUUUUCUUUCUGUUAUUGCGGCCCUUGGGAUUUUAUUUGCUCAUAUUUAAAGGAAAAAAACAAGCUUAUAUGAGCUUUCAUAGACUAUUCUUAAUCAAUUUUUGAUCAUUUUAAAAAAUUAUACAAUAGAAUGGUCACUUUGUGAAGAAAAAGUUUACACUACAAGAAUGGUUUGAAUGGAUCUGGAUUUAAGUUUUUCAAUAAAAUACCUACUUAAAACUUCCUAUAUUUUUGCUAAGCGUGGACAUGAGGUAUCAGUUUCUCACAGUCUUGGUAACAAGAUGCCUGUGUCCAAAUAUUUUAAAGCUAUAUAUGUUUGAUUGUGUUUAUUCUUCAUAUGGAUACUUUACCAUAUCAUAUUAUUCUCUACCUGUAUGGAUACACACAUGAGUGUUUUCUUCUUGAAUUUAAUAUGGCACUUUGCACUGCUACAUGAUGAACUAUCAUGUAAUUAGAAGCGUUUAUUCUGUAAAAAAUAUAUAUGUAUUACCCAUACCUCAGUUUAUUCUUCAGGUGAUAAGAAACAAUCCAAUCAGCUUCCUUACAGGGACAGUCUCUUUCCUAUGCAAUAGUUCUAGUUAAUUUGCUUAUUUCUGAGCCAUUUAUUCUUCCAUGUUUUGAAAGAUACAUUAGUUCUGACUUACAGCUCCAGGUUUUAUGAAUUAGAACUUUUAAGAGGAAAUGGUGCUAUAUGUCUAUUGGCAUUACUUUAUAUAACUUUGGUGUAAUGUUUAUAAGCUAUGAGAUUUUUCUAAAUACCAAUAAAAUGUUCAUUAGGGCAAGAAUGUAUAGUUUCUUUUCAGAAAACCAAGUAAAUUUUAGUCAAGGAUGCAAUUACUUAAAGCAUCACUUCAUCUAUGUUAUUCUUUGUAAGAGUAGAUUCUUACUUAAAUUUGAUCUUCUUUCAAAUUGUUUGUAUGAAGAUGCUGUGCCCAGUUGAACAAUCCUCAGGUAUUUGUAUAAAUACUAUGUUUUGAAAUUUCCAUAUUUUAAAAUAUUAUAAUAAAGUUAACUGCAGCAAUUAA